UCAACAUUUUAAAGUGUUUUACAUUUUUGAGAAAAUAUUUUUAGUUUAAAAAUAGUAAUCAAAUCAAAAUAAAUCAAUAAUAAUAUAAAAUACGAAAUGUUAAUUAUUAAACGUUAAGAGUAUUGUUGUCAAAGAAGCAAGUCCAAAAUAAAAUUCAACAAUGUCGUCCAUAAUAGAUUUUAAAGUUGGAUUUACUGAAAUUACAAAUUUAUAUUUAUACAUACAUUGGGCUAUGCGGGAAAAAUUAUAUCUUAUUGUUGAUGGUGUGAAUAUCAAUGAAAUAACAAAUCAAUUAUUCUGGAUUUUUAUACUAUUUUGUUUUGGAUUUUAUAUAUUUUACGAAUUAUUUUAUGUUUUUUUAAAAUCAUCCAAAAUAAAAUAUUAUAAACGAAAACAGUUUGCAAGAUCUAUCUGGAAUAUUGCGUUUUGUUCAUCUUCAGCAGUUUUCUUAUAUUACUAUCAUGAAUAUAUGAUCUCACCUCAAUUAGUCAGAAAUACAUCAAGAUUAUUUCCAACAAUGAGUGACAACACCAUAUUUUAUGUUUCUCAAUCUUGUGAACGCUUUAAAAUGUAUUCUUUAUUUAUAAUCACGUUUUAUUUACACGCGGCUAUGUUAGACUUAAGGGAAAAUGACUACUGUGAAGCUGGCUCUAAGCUCCUGUAUACGUUGACUAUAUUUUUACUAAUCUGUUACAAAUUUGAAAACUAUUUUGUAAUAUUAAACUUGAACCAAGGGAUAUUUAAUAUCAUGACUGAGUGCCUUUUUUUGUUAGCAUUGCAAACUUUUAAUCGAAAUCGUUUGGUUCAUCAAGUUUUAUUAGGAUUCCGUAUUGCUUCCUGGUCACAUGUUUUUAUUAGUCUCUUGCCGUUCAAGUACCUGGUACCAACAUUAUUUGCAAAAAAUUUCAAAUUUACUUUAAACCUUUUUAUAUGGCUAUGGUAUGGAUUAUCAAUAUGGAAUUCACCGGUUUUACAAUAUUUUUAUCAUCAAAUUUAUCACAAUUCUCCAACUGAUUGUGCAGGAGAGGGUUCAGCAGCAAAAUGUAUUUUAUUAAAGGAUUCGUUAGAAUUUCGUCAUUUUAAAACAUUAAGAAAAUCAUAUUUGGAGAUAAGAUUAGCUAGGGAAAAAAUGAAUGCUGUAGCAGAGCCACCACAACAAAAAGAAAAUUAUUCGGCGAAAACAUUUCAAGCUAUUAAAUGCAUAAUGACAUUGAAAAGAAAGUUGAGAAGAAUCCGUGAAGGCAGGGACUCACCGCAGGAUGUCUCAUCUAAUAAUUCAAUGGAUGAAUAAAUUUAUUUGAAAACAAAAAACAAUACGAUUUUAAUUUAUGCUUAAAUUCAAUUAAAUUAAGAACUGAAAUAUAAAACUGAUUAUUGUUAUUGUGAUAAGUUCCAUGAUGCUUAAAAUAGCUUAAGAGUCUCCUAAUAAAAUAAUUUAUUUUAUAUAGUUUAAUUUUUGCACCUUUGAUGUAUACUUCGAUUGCCAUAAAAGACAUUUUAUUCACCUAUUCCAAAUAUUUUUGUAAUUUUUUUUUUCUUUAAAAAUGUGUGAUUCUAGUUUGUUGUUG